CACGGAGCGUGUCGUCCUGAGGUAAAUCUGUCUGUGCUGACCAGCGCGCGCGUGUAUGUGUGUGCCAGCUGUGUGUCAGCUGCUUGACUGAUAUGAGUUGUGUAGAUAUUUGCCAUGUUUACAAUAUCACCUGUUAGUGUAUCCAAACACGCCGAGCUGUGAGAGCUGGUACACCGGUACAGAUGGCCAAGAGGAACACUCUCUUCAUCCGUAUUGUGGAAGGCAAAAAUUUGCCCAUCAAAGAUAUAACCGGAAGCAGUGACCCAUACUGCAUCGUGAGAAUUGACAACGAGGCCAUUAUAAGGACAGCAACAAUAUGGAAGACGCUGUCCCCUUUCUGGGGAGAGGAAUACAAUGUCCAUGUUCCACCUUCCUUUCACAACGUGUCCUUGUAUGUGAUGGAUGAGGACAAUCUCAGCCGUGAUGACGUCAUCGGAAAAGUUUCGAUUAGCAAAGAGGCACUCAGUGUCAAACCACAAGGUCUGGAUGGCUGGAUGAACCUGACUGAAAUAGAUCCCGAUGAGGAGGUUCAGGGAGAGAUUCACCUGCAGAUUUCACUCCUGGGGGACAGCGACGUGCCACGCAAACUGCGCUGUCGAGUUCUGGAGGCCAGGGAUCUUGCCAAAAAAGACCGCAAUGGAGCAUCGGAUCCAUUUGUCCGAGUCAGAUAUAAUGGCAAAACCCACGAAAGUGCAGUGGUGAAAAAGUCUUGCUAUCCACGCUGGAAUGAGAGUUUUGAGUUCGAGCUGGAUGACACUCUGGCCGACAGUCUGCUCAGCGUGGAGGUGUGGGACUGGGACCUGGUGAGCAGAAACGACUUCCUCGGAAAGGUCCUGUUCAACAUUAACAGGCUUCAGUCAGCGCAGCAAGAAGAGGGCUGGUUUCGCCUGGGGCCUGACAAACCCAAACACAGCCAGUACGAAGGUACUCUGGGCUCCUUGCGGCUGCAGCUGCGUCUCAGAGACGAGACAGUCCUGCCGUCCAGCCAUUACCAACCGCUCACCGAAUUACUGUGCCAGUCCGUCGAGACUCACCUCAACGGCAACUGGCCUGAUCUGAUCAUGCUAAUUGAUGAGACAACGACGUCUGAGAACAGGCAGGAAGUAGCCACUAACCUGGUGAAGCUCUUCCUGGGUCAAGGACUUAUCAAGGAGUUCCUGGAUGUGCUUUUCAAACUGGAGCUGGAAAAGAAUACCGAACCCAACACCUUAUUCAGGAGCAACUCUUUAGCUUCCAAGUCCAUGGAGUCCUUUCUCAAGGUGGCCGGGAUGCAGUAUCUCCACAGGCUUCUGGGCCCCAUCAUCAAUCGCAUUUUUGAGGAGAAGAAGUACGUGGAACUGGAUCCUAACAAGGUGGAACUGAAAGAAGCUGGGUGCACAGGACUGCAUCGUCUACAGACAGAAGCCGAUGUGAUCCAGCAGAGCUCCAGCCUGCUCCAGUCAUACCUGUCUGAGCUGAUGGCUGCUAUCCUGCAGUCCUCCUCUUACUGCCCACUGCUCCUCUGCCAGGCCUUCCAGCAGCUCUACCAGCGAGUACAAGCUCGUUUCCCAGACCCAGAGUACAGGAAAGUGAAAUUCAUUGCUGUGACCAGCUUCCUGUGCCUACGCUUCAUUUCUCCUGCCAUCAUGUCGCCUAAGCUCUUCCACCUGAGGGAGAAACACGCCGAUGCCCGAACCAGCCGCACUCUUCUGCUCCUGGCUAAAGCUGUUCAGACCAUUGGCAAUAUGGACACACUGGUAUGUUGCUCUAAGGAGCCGUGGAUGGUGCCACUGCAGCCUGCCAUUCAGCAGGGUAUCGCCCAACUCAAAGACUUCAUCACCCGCCUGGUUAGCUGCCAUGACUCGGAAGAUCUCGGUUUGCAAACUCGUAUGAGUCUCCAGUGCGGCUCAAUGGAAAAAGAAGGCUUCCUCCUCCUGCAUAAGACCAAAGACAAGUGCAUUCUCAUGACCUCUCCCUUUAAGAAAUAUUAUGUCACGCUCAGCAAAGACAUGCUGUCUUACUCACGGACACAGCAUUCCAAGAAGAACUCGUUCAUCUCCCUGCCCAAGAUCCGUGCAGUGGAGAAGGUGGAGGAGAAGUGCUUCGGCAGUGCCAAUGUCAUGCAGAUCAUUUCGAGCGAUGACUCCGGGCAGCAGGAGACACUCUACCUGGACUGCAAGAGUGUAAAUGAACUGAAUCAGUGGCUCUCAGCUUUACGGAAAGCGUGCAGUCACAACACCAACACCAUGAGCUGUUAUCAUCCAGGCAUCUACAAAGCUGACAGAUGGAGCUGCUGCCACCAAAAGGAGAAAACAGACCCAGGCUGCGAUAAGACCAGACAUGGUGUCACCCUGCAGGAAUGGUAUGACCCGCUGGAUCCAGACCUGGAAGCUCAACUGAUUUACCGCCACCUGAGCAGUGUUCAACACACCAUGAGUGAUAAAUAUUAUGAACUGAUAAAGCAAGAAGCUGAUGACGCAAAUGCUGACCAAGAUCCAAAGAAGGUGGACAGUAUAACGAGACUUUUCACGAUUCUCCAAGAUCUGCAUGACGCUCACACGGCACUAGAAGAGGAGGAACGUUUGAAAAACAAGAAUGUUUUCCUCGAAUUACAGACGUAAACAGAGGCUCCCUAAAAAAAGACAAAAGAUGUUUAAUACUAGGUCAAACACUGACUUCAUUUACAGGGUUUAUUAUGUGAACCUACUAAACUGAAACGCACAGCAAGUCCAAAUUUUGGAAAGGUUUGAGAGCAGGUUUGCUUUCCAUGGUUCUUAUUUGAGGUGAAUGAGUUUUCAUAAUUAGUGGGCUGCCUUCGAAAACUCAUAUGCAUCAAAGAUAGGUCUAAUAAUGUGUAGUGUAUAUUUUACGAGUGUAUAAGUGUCACAGCUUAAUAAGGUCAUUAGUGCGAAGGUUUGGCUGGUUAUUCUUGCUUAUAGGCACUUUAUCACGCUUGUAUAUUAUCAUUGUGUUAUUUAAUCAUACAAGCAUUACUUUUUUUUCCUUUGUAAAUAAGCAAAGGGUCAACAAGUUUACAGUAUAGACUCUUAUUUUAAAAUAUUACACAAGUAGACUUCCUGUUUACCAUUUUUAUGUAUUUUUUGAAAUUGUGCGCUAUUUAUUUGUGUCCUGUUCCCGAACUCUUAAUGACUCUCGGAAAUUCACGCUGUGUCCGAGGUCUGCCACAGCAUCUAUCUGACCAAUUAGCCACAUGUUAUUGAUGGCUUCUUCCACUCUGGUCUCAAAUGUAUAGAAGCAAGACCGAUCAGUACUUCAAUCCCUGAAGGAGGAAAGGUGAUAGAGAUGUGCAACACCGUGAAGGAGUAACUACAGGAAGCAGUAUAUCACAACAUGAGGCAUAAGGAGUCAUUCUUUCUUGUUUCUAAGCGUCAUGAUACAGUUGAGCACAAACGUUUGCAAGCUCUAUGGUUUUUGUGUAGAAAAAAAGAAAUUUUAAAUUUCAUCCACAAAAAAUGAAAUUCUAAUAACAAAAAUAAAGUGUAAGUAUUAUGUGUAAGUGUUCUAUAACAAACACGACAAUCCCAAAUUUAAGGCAAAAUCAACAGAUAAAUGUAUACCGUCGAGUGCAGAAGUUUGCAUCCCCUAUGGUUUCUGGGUGGGAAAAUAAUUAAUCUUUUUUUUUUAAAGUUUAUCUACAAAAAAUAGAAUUCUAGUAUGUUAAAAAAUAAAAUUGCAGUAUAUUCUACAACAAGACAAUCCCAAACUUAAGGCACAAGAAGCAGAUAAAUGUAUACAGUUGAGUGCAGAAGUUUGCAUCCCCUAUGGUUUCUAGGUGGGGGAAAAAAGUAUAAGUUUAGAAAUCUGAGAAACUUAAUACGCUGAAUGUCAUUUUGGAAUAAAUAAAAAUUUUUGUCCUUUUGAUUUUUUGUCCUAAGGGUGUGCAGCUUUUGCACCCAGCUGUAUGAGGUAGGAAAAUUACAAUACAACAUUGUUGUACAAUAUUGUAAUACCUGUCAGAUAUUGUAAUUUAGGGUACUAGUAAAGGAAGCUAAAAUUUCAUAAAGGUAGAUAAAGGCAAAAUUUUGAAACAGUCAGUUGGUUCAAUAAAAAGCCUACUACUAACCUGACUAACAAAAAAUACACACACAUGUAUAGUGAAUGCUAUUUAAUUCACUGCAGAGUGCCCUCAUCAAAUCCAAUCUUUGUGAAUGCUGUUCAUUCCCUUGCAUUCCCUCUGGACUCCCAGCCAAUAAACAGCUCAUAUUAUCUCCGCUUUAUUGACAGUAUUGCUAGUGAUGCGACACUUGGGAUCCUCCAUCUGCACUCAGUAUUGAUAUAUCUAUCAAUUAUUCAAAUCUCAUAGUAUAUAGUUUCUAUUGUUGCCAUGCUUCAACUUGUCAAUUGUCAGUUUUGUAUAUUGUAUUAGUAUGUCCCAACCCAGUGUGUAUUAUAGACAUGUAUUUCUGAUUGUCUUUUGUAGUUUUGUUUUUGUUAUGAAUGUAUGAUAACGAGGAUAUUUUUUUGUAGGGAACAGCUUUGUUUUGUACACUAGAUGGCUCUGCAGCAUUGAAAUAUUUAUGCCACAAACUGGGCCAUAGAAAUCUAUUUAGAUUGAUACAUUGAUUAGGAAUGUAGACAGAUUGAUCCAUGAUAAUGAUUAAAUUGAUCCGAAAAGUGACACUCAUUCAAGCAAUAUUUCCAUGUUGUCUUGUAGCAUAAUUUUUAAAUGAUGAUUAGUAUUAAACUGAUGUCUCACAAA